CUCGAUGACUGUCCUUGCUUCGAGGAUGCCACCGUGUUUGUCUCUGUCCUCCUUGGCAUUGCACUAUCCCGGUGGCACAACGCGUGUUCUGGUGUUGACGAGCGCUUCUUGAGUUCCGUGAUGCCCGGACCUCAAGGGACCGUGUGGUACAGUUUCUCCGUCUCUGUUACUUCUGCAUCUUGUUUUCAUUCUUGCUCACAUGUCUCUACAGGCAUCCUUGUAAUUUUUGUAUGGCGAAUUUUGGCCAAAUCGCUCCUGCACCUCGUUCUUCAUCCUCUUUUCCGCCUUCUUGCAUCCUCCUUCGACCUGCCACACCGACGCUUCCACAUCCCUGCGACAGAUUACCAACACAUGCCAGUUGAAAGCAGUUUGCGCCCGAUUCCGAGUGUUAUCGACCUUCCUGGCGUCCUAGAGGUCUGCGCAAUCAGGGAGAGGUCUGCGUUAGGAAGAACAAGUGAGGUCAAGCGAAGAGGUGCAAAGUCGAAUAACGAUUCACUGUCAGCCAAUGGAGAAAAUUACAGCGGAUCCGAGCUCGAGAACAGCAACGGGUCAUAUCAAUGCAAGGAAGUCAAGCACUACGAUGCUGACGUAUUGACCAAGGUAGUGGUCUAUGCUGGAAUGGCAAUCUUGGCUGCUGAAGGUUUGCCCGUC